GUCACAGGGCGGGGAGAGGCACGGCAGGAAGUCGGUUCUGGUUCCUGGGUUAAGGCGCCCAGGCAGGAGCGAGCGCCCUGUGCCGGGAGCGGCCGCGGGCUCCGUGAGGCGCUCGCUUCAAGUUCCCAAAAUGAUGGCAGUGUGACUUAGAAAAUAUAGCAAUUGAAACAUCUGUUUUGAGAGCAGAAAUAUGUAGAGAAGUACUUUCGGUUGGAUGGCACAUGUGUUCUCAUCUCUCAUGAAACUAUGAGAGGUCUGUUAACUUGACCAUCUUUCCAGUGAUGAAACAACAUUGGGAAUUAUGGACAAAAACAUUGGAGAACAGCUUAACAAAGCUUACGAAGCCUAUCGACAAGCAUGCAUGGACAGGGACCAUGCUGUGAAAGAACUACAGCAAAAAACAGAAAACUACAUGCAGCAAAUACGUGAACAGCAGGAAAAGAUAGAGCUUCAAAACAGCAUUAUUGCAAAACUGAAAUCACAGUUGGCUGCUCUGAAUGCUAAUAGAGGCAGUGCGCAUCCUUACAUUCUGAUGCAUGAAGACAUUGAAACAUCCAACCUACCUUUCAGGCAGCUCUCUGAAAAACUGAACCUAGCAAAGCAAAGAGAAAAACUCCUAAAGGAACAGUUAGACAGUGAGAGCAUGAAAUUGAAGCAACUUGAGGACAAAAGCAAUCAAAAGGAAAGGAAGCUUUUAUCUAUUAUUUCCAAUCAAGAUGAUAAAAUAAGAAAUCUGGAAAGCAAAUUGCAAGAAUUAAAUGAAGCACAAAAGGGUAUACAGACGCCAACAUAUAAAAGGGAGGUGAAAAGUAAGAAAGUUGUUCCAGAUAAGCCUGAAUUAUCUCUCGAGAUCUCUUGUAUUUCACCUGAAAGAGAGAAUCUGGAGACUAUUUUCCAGGACAUGAAAGAAGAGUGUCAUCGAAUAUGUAUGCUAGCCAGAGAACAAACAGACCAACUGAGUAUAUUUAAGAUAAAGCCAGAACCUGAAACUGAAAUACAGUUUUCCAUGCCGAUACAGUGCACAGAUAAAACUGAUGAACAAGCAGAAGAGCUUUUUAAGCCUCGGGUUAUAAAGGAUAUAAAUAGAGGUGCAUCAUGCAUCACAUCUAUCACACCAAGAGGAGUGGGCCAAGAUGAGGACAACAACUCUGUAGAAUCACUUUCUAAAUUUAAUGUCAAGUUUCCACCUACAGACAAUGACUCUGCUUUCUUGCAGAGCACUCAGGAAAAACCAACAGUUCCUUGUACUGGUAUAUCUGAAAACAUGCUUCAAGAUCAUCAUUUUAACCUGGAGCACAGAGACCGUGCUGUUAACCUCAGUAAAUUGGAACCUAACUCAUUUGAAGCUCAUGGCAUUGAUCUCAUGACCUCAGCUUUACAAAGUUUAACUGCUGUUGACAAAACAAACCCCUCAGAUCAUGCAAAGAUGCCCAUAGAAAAUAUCUGUGACAAACCAUGUUUAAAAACAACAGACAGUGGUUUCACAUUUGUACCUAAGCACACAAACCAGGGUGUACCUGAAGUAAUUUAUUCCUUAGAAGCUGCUGGAACAACCAUCAGAGGUCCUCAUCAGCCCAUUUGGCAGCCUCAAGACAAUGAUUUGCUGGCACAAGCAUAUGCAGACUCUGAACUGAAUCAGUGUGGAGUAUGUGAAUUCUGUCGAGAAGUUUUCCCACCAUCUCUAACAUCUAAGGAAGAUUUUCUUCGGCAUCUCAAUUCCCACUUUAAAGUACAGUCUUAAUGUAUGAGAAUUCAAUGGUUCACUGUUUUUGCAUACAUAUAUACAUUUUUUUAUUCAAUAGAUAUGAGUUUAAGAAUUAAGACUUCUUGUAACAAGAACUCAUGACUGAAAUUGUUUGUCAGAUAAGCACAUUUUUAGUUGUUUUUUGACAAGGCAGAAUGAAACUAAGUCACUCAGUACUGUAAUUAAUAUUAUUGCUUGUUAUGCUUAACUAAUAACUUUGAGAGUGAUGUCAAACACAUUUUUUUCCCAAUUAAUCUUUGCCUGAAUAGGCCUGAAGUUGUGACUAUAUUUAUGAAUGUAGACCUGCAGGAUUAAUGCCUUAAUCUGGCUGGCAAAAAUUGGAGUAAUGCUAGGAUUUUUUUGACAAUAUACAGUGAUGUGAUUAUGUUCUCCCUGAAGUAAACAGGAAGAGAAAUAGGCCCUCAUUUUUCAUUUAUAUUAUAUCAUUUCUAAAUAGUGAACCUUUUAAUUCAGAUUCCUGUAAAAUUAUCAUUAUAGCUGAAUCCAGGUGUGCCAGAAUUAGGAUAGGCUUGUACACUAGUAACAUAAAUGAAUGGUUGACUUUCCCAGAUGAAUUUUUUACCAAAGCGAGUAAUCAAAAAUAACAUAUAAAUGACUCUUUUGCCAAAAUGGAACAGUAAUGAUUUUAUGAAUAUCUGUUACAUGUUACAAAAAAAAUUAUCUUGUUCAUGUACCUUUAUAGCAUUAAUAAUUACUAAAAAUGCUUUCAGGGAGCAGGUUAUAUUAAUAUGAAGGAUAGAAAAGGUUAAACUUUCCCUAAAACUAACAAUAUGAAAAAUUAUUUGCCUUCCCUUCUGGUUUGCUAUGAUGGAUUGCCCAAGUCUGGUACAGACUACAAAGGAAAGGGGAAAACCUAAUCAUCCAAAUCUCAGUGAAUUUAUUUUUAACCUGAAUAUGGUGGCUUUCUCAAUGCAAUUAAAAUUUGUGUUUAGUUGAAACAUUGAAGUCUGAUAAAGUUUGCACAUUUUCUGGAUUUACUGAUUUCUAAUUUAUAAAUAGGGGUGUUGCCAAGUAUUUUAAAUUAAUGAUAAAGGGUGCUUGCUUUUUGCGUUUGAACAGAAUAUAGAGUUUAGCCCUGAUAUUGAUAAUUAGCAUUAAUAUUUUCAUAGCAGCAAAGCACAACACCUUUUCUUUUUAAAGAUUUGUUUGCAGGUGACAAAUUUCUGGGAAAAUUAACACCUGCGUAAUUUUUAGAAAUGGAUUUUUCUGCAAUUAUUUUCUCUAUUUUGAACAUGUCAUGUUUGUGACGGGCUGUCAACAGAGUGUACUGUAAUAAACAGCGCUGUACAGUGCACGUCUGCUCCGUGA